AUGGCGUUUUACCGACCUCCACAUAGUAAACUGAUAGCCACGCUGCUGGUAGUGACAACACUGGUCGAAGCAGCCAGCAUCUCCGAGCAGAGUUUUCUUGCGGAGGAUACCAUCAUUCGCGAUGUUUGCAUAAUCGGCGGUGGCUCAACCGGCACCUACGCAGCUAUCCGACUGAAGGACCAAGGCAAAUCAGUCGUUGUGGUGGAAAAUAGCGAAUAUCUCGGCGGACACACAGAAACAUACGAUCUUGGAAAUGGUCAGCAUUUUGACUACGGCGUCGAGGGCGUAUUCAAUGACCAGUUAUCGCGGAAUUAUUUUAUGCGACUCGGAGUCGACUGGCGAACACUGCUUCCUGACACCCUUGUCACCGAAAAUGUCAACUUUCAGACCGGCAUUCGAGUGCCUCCUCCAAACGAUACCCUGAGCAUCGUUGCAGGUGCUCUGCUCUAUCGCAGCGCCAUCGAAAGAUACGAAUACCUCCGCGACGGCACUCUCAAUCUUCCCGAACCCGUCCCUGAUGAGCUGUGGCGUCCAUUCGGCGAGUUUGUAACCAAGCACCGGCUUGAGGGGGCGUUGAGCUUAAUCUUCACCUUCAGCCAGGAGGUAGGCAAUCUGCUAGACGUGCCCACCAUAUAUGUGAUCCAGAGCUUCGGGCUUUCGCAGAUCGACGCUCUUCUACGAGGCUUUAUGACACCGACCAACGGAGGCAUGGACCUAUAUCGCAAGGCGGCUGUCGUACUUGGUCAAGAUAUUCUUUUCAGAAGCAGCGUUACUCAAACCGAGCGAUCAUUUCGCUCCGUGCAAGCUGUUGUGCAAGGAGUCAACGGUACCACAAAGUUGAUACAGGCUCAGAAGCUACUCAUCGCCAUCCCUCCAACACUCCACAACAUGCAGACCUUCGGCCUAGACGACACGGAGUUCCAAAUGUUCCAAAAGUGGAAAUGGAACAACUACUACGUCGCCGUCCUCUAUCACACCGGCAUCCCAGACGCCGUCACCGUCAUAAACACCCAGCCAGAGAACGGACCCGGCAGUCUCCCACGAACUCCAUUCGCCUGGCGACUUCGAUACCCCGGCGUCACCGGCUACGUGACGAGCGAGAUAAUCGGCGACGAGAGUCUCACUCCGCAGGACGCAAUCGACCUCGUCAUGUCCAGUCUCCGCCGGAUGAAAGGCGCCGGGACUUACAACGUUACGGCGCCGGAGUUGCUUCUGCUAGCGAAUCACUCGCCCGCGUCACCUAUCGUGUCUGCGGAGGAUAUUCAAAACGGCUUUUAUCGCCGGCUGUAUGCGUUACAAGGACGGCAAAGUACCUUCUAUACGGGGCGGAGCUUUUGUGCUGAUCAUUCCUCGAUUUUGUGGGCUUAUACGGAUACUGUCAUUGCGAAGAUGUUUCCCUAG